AUGCGACAAUCCCCGGUCCCGGGUCUCUCUUCGCGAUGCAGUUUCAUCGAGAUCCUGGUCAUCGUCUUGACUGUGUUCUCACCUCGCUGCGAUCACUAUUGGCUUGAGAUAAUCGCUGCUUCUCGUGAAGAAGCUGAUGCCGAAGCCGCGGAUCAGUGGGCCCUCGAUUUACAGAGAGAGCUUAUGGACCAUGAUCCUGAGAAUAUCCUCGACUCUGGUUACUUGGGGUAUGUGGACGACGGAGAAGUGGAUUUGAAGGGGAAUUUUGGGGCUGGGUUUGAGAGUCUCAUAGCUGUCAAGCAGACUGUUGACCCCUGA